AUGCUUGCCAUUAUUGCGGCCAGCACAUUUCUGCCUUGAAAGCCGUUGCGUGAAGACGUUGAGAUAGUUAGUGGGAGCACCUCUUGAGAUACAAUUCUGCUGUGGAAGCGCGAAACGGCUAAGCGCUGGAUAUUAUUUUCAAAUUUAAGAAAAUGUAUGCGAAAUUUCGUAUAUUGCUGACAUUGUUGGUGUUUGUGAAUUUGAAUCUGAAAGUGUUAAAUGCAAACGCCACCGAAGAAGUUAAGGAAACAAACAGUAAACCGAAUGUGGCAGUGCCCGCUGCGAUGGAAAGUGAAGCCGCGGAAGUUAGAAUUGUUGCACAAACGGCGAACUUAACGAAUAAUGUGGUUGCAACAACAGUGAAAUCACCGCAACCCAAAGCAAGAGCACGUAGCAUAGUGGACAAUAACGACGAUAAUGACUUCGUUGAGCACAAUUUGAACACAGCGCAUAAGAUGCAUCUAAAAAAAACUUCGCGUCCAGUGAAGAAUGUGUUUCGUGGCAUUUAUAAGAGCUACAAAAGCACUUACAUGGGCAAUGUCACAUCAGCGGAAUAUAAGAAGCGUUUGAUUGAGCGUUUAAAUGCAGCCGCGCAUGCACACGUGACCAGCGCAAAGCCGACAAUAAUGACGAAGCGCGCAAAAGUGAGUGAAUUACACGAAAGAUUCAAGAACGAAACUUCAUUUGUGCCCGACACUGAAGUAGCACCACUCAUGCCACCCGCACUCGACGCCGAAGCACUCAAAGCGAAAUUAAAGGAAAAGCUACGUAAACGCAAACGUAAAUAUCAUCGUGCACAUAUGAGUGCGAAGCGUACAAAAACAAAUAAUCGGCACGCGAACACAACAGCCACAGACGCUGAUAAGUGGCGCACAAGUCGCAACAAUAACAACAAUACAGCUAAUAACAUCAAUGCGAGCGAUCCGCCACUUGAUAGCGUACAGCACACACUUAACGGCACUUUCAGCAAUAAGCACUAUCGCUACACAAUCGGACCCGGCGUCAAUAUGAGCUUCGAUAUGGUAAACGACAUUGUUAAUGUGAAUGUGGAUAGCGAUAAUUUGGCGGAAAUAAUGCGUGGGCGUUGGUUGAACGACAACACCGAGGAGGGUCGCGGCAAAAAGUACGAUAUGAUCACCAAAGUGUUGCCACUCUUCGUUCUACCAUUCCUCAUACAAUCUGCCAUUGUACCAUUUUUGGUUACUAAGUUGAAAUUGUUGUUGGUGAAGUCUAUAUUGAUUGGCAAAUUGGCGAUAUUCCUGCUUAUUUUGUCGGCGAUCAAGAAUGGCAAUAAAACGGUACAAUCAUAUGAGGUGGCACCAUCUUAUUGGGCUGGGGAGCCGAGUCGGCGUUCUGAGUUGGCAGCGGCUGCUUCAUCGUCCGCUUAUAAUGGCUAUCGAGUAGAGGGUAAGCCAGCCGCCUGGAUCAAUUAACGAAAUGAUUUGCCUAAGAAUAAUGUUUAUAUUUUUUGUUGUUAAUGAAAUGGAAAUUAAAAGAUAUUUGUAUGUG